AUGCCUAUUGAAAAAAUUAAAGCUCGGCAAAUUUUUGAUAGUCGCGGUGAGCUUACUAUAGAAGUUGACUUAAUUACGGAUUUCGGACUUUUAAGAUCUUCUGUAUCAUGUACUCCUUCAUCGAAUCUAAACGAAGCGUUAGAUCUUAGAGAUAACAAUGAAUCAAUAUUAAAUAAUGAUCGUACAGUGAUGAAAGCAAUUGAAAAUAUUAACAAUAUAAUCGCACCAGAAUUAAUAAAGAGUCGAUUAGAAGUUUGUCAGCAACGGGAAAUAGAUUUACUCAUGAAAAAAUUGGACAGCUUAGACAAUAAAUCAAAGCUUGGAGCCAAUGCUAUUAUAGGAGUAUCGAUGGCUUGUUGCAAAGCAGGUGCUGUUAAGAGAGGCGUUCCUCUUUACAGAUAUGUAAGUUUAUUAGCCAAUACUGAACCAAUUAUUCCAGUUCCUAUUUUCAAUGUUAUUAGUGGUGGAAAAUUAGCCGGAAAUUCUCUGAGUUGUCAAGAAUUUAUGAUAAUGCCAACAGGAGCUCAAUCUUUUGAAGAAGCUAUAAAAAUGGGGAUAGAAGUGAUGAAAGUGCUUGAAAAAAUGAUUGCCGAGUCGGAAGAGUUAAAGCUUCCUUUAACUGUUAGUGAUGAUGGAAGCUUCUCUCCUCAACUUGAAGAGGAUACGGAAGCCUUAAGUAUGAUUGCAGAGGCUAUUAAAGCUGCAAAUUAUGAGGGAAAAAUAAAAAUUGCUAUUGAUAUGUCGGCAAGCUCUUUUUGUAAAGAUGGUAGUCAAUAUGAUCUUCAAUUCAAGUCAGAAGAUACAGACCCUGAUGAUUAUUUGGAAGCAGAAGCUUUAAAUGAAAGAUAUCUCGAAAUGUUGUCAGAGUUUCCUCAGUUGAUAUCAAUUGAAGAUCCAUUUGAUCAAGAAGAUUGGGAUAGUUGGUCUCUGUUGUCCGAUAAAAAAAUUCAAGUUGUAGCAGAUGAUUUAACCGCAAUGAAUUUUGAGCGGAUUGAGGAAGCCACAGAGCGAGGAGCAGGAAAUUGCUUAAUAAUAAGAUUGCCUCAAGUCGGGACUAUUACGGAAGCUAUCGAUUGUUUCAAGCUGGCAAGAUCAAAUGGGUGGUCAACUAUCGUGAGUGUAGGUUAUGGUGAAACUGAAGAUAAUUUUAUAGCUGAUUUUGCAGUUGGGUUAUCUGCAGGGCAAUUUAAAGCCGGUGGACUCUGUAGAGGAGAGAGAAUGUCGAAGUAUAAUCAAAUUCUAAGGAUUGAAGAAGAACUCGGUAAAGGAGCUAAGUAUACUGGAGAGAUGUUUAAGAAUCCACUGUCAUCAAUUAAUCAAUCAGAUAAUGAUCAAAAGGAUGAGAAAAAGAAAAAGAGAAGAAAAAAACUUUAA